UCUCCGAACCACAGCUUGUAUCGCCUCAACUUCGUCGUCUCCGUUUCGUCACCAUUCCAUUGAUAAACUUUUGAUCGUUACGGGAUUGGCAUCAUGGACUCGUUAGUAGCGCAAUACUCUCGACCUGCUUUCCACAAUGAAGGAUACUCGCAAGAGGAGCAGCAGGAGCUUUCGCAGACAAUGCCUGGCGACAUCUCGCUGAAGUUCGCUUUGCCUCCGGUAGCACAGCCGCACGCCUGGCUCCGAGCUCAGACCGAUGACCAUGCGAACCCAAGCUGCCCGAUCAAGCUUGCCCACGGUACGACAACGCUGGCAUUCAGAUUCCAAGGAGGAAUUAUCGUUGCAACAGACUCGAGAGCUACAGCAGGUGACUGGAUUGCCAGUCAGACAGUGAAGAAGGUUAUUGAGAUUAACAACUGCCUGCUGGGUACUAUGGCCGGAGGUGCAGCGGACUGCCAGUACUGGCUUGCAUACCUAGGAAUGCAGUGUCGAUUGCACGAGCUUCGACACAAGCGCCGUAUCACCGUCGCAGCUGCUUCAAAGAUUCUCGCCAACCUGGUCUACUCUUAUAAGGGCUAUGGUUUGAGUAUGGGAACCAUGUGCGCAGGUGUCACUCCUCAGGAAGGUCCUGCGCUCUACUACAUUGACUCCGACGGUACCAGAUUGGCCGGCAACUUAUUCUGUGUCGGAUCCGGUCAGACGUUUGCCUAUGGUGUUCUGGAUGCCGAAUACAAAUACGAUUUGAGUGAAGAGGAUGCGCUUGAGCUUGGCCGGAGAAGUAUUCUCGCGGCUACGCACAGAGACGCGUACUCCGGAGGAUACAUUAACUUGUACCACGUCAAAGAAGACGGUUGGGUCAAGCAUGGCUUUAAUGACACCAACCCCAUCUUCUGGAAGACCAAGUUAGAAAAGGGCGAAUUCUCAAACGUUACUUCGGAGUUGGUUUAAUCACGGAAAGUGGGAAUGGGACUUUCAUUUCAAAUUAGAAUCAAAGAAUAAGCAAGCGGCUCGAGCUUAUGGCAUACUCGAGGGGGUUGUCUAUCUCACUUUGUGGAGACUGCGUGUACCUUUAUACGUUUUUGCUUUUUUCUCCCUCUUUCAUAUUUAUCUCUUUUCCUAUUUUCCAUUUUCGAUUUCAUCUUACCGCCAUCCUACCUCUCCUCGUCCCGCUUUUCCUCAAUUACAUAGGUAAUCAUCCCUGAAUAUUACGAAUGAAUAGUGUACGAUUUAAGAGCUUGCACGGUGUUGUAAUGCCAUAUCAAUGUUAUAUUUAGUUGUUGUCUGAAAUUCUUUUGCACAAUAAAUUUCAAGGUGCUGUGGAACGGUAUGUCAACAGAGAAAAGCCAUGGUCAGGGUUUAUACAGGGAGUAUGAUGCACCAUCUUGGAUCAGAGCAAAUUGGGAGAACUGCAGUGUGUGCAAAGAUGAUAUUCAAUGCAGAAUGUGUGG